AUGGCCGCCGUCCGACGAGGCCAAGGGUCGUUGAGAGUCGACCUCCCUAAUGCCCCAGCUACCCCAGAUUUCCCACCCAUCUCCGCGCUGUUCCUCAUCUAUUUCGACAUCAAGGCGGGCUAUACGAUUGGAUGGAAACGCUCCUUGCCAGGAGUAGAGCUCGAAGGUGUGGUGGAAUAUAAGAGUCUGCCAUCGGGACUACAUACUGUUAAGGAGGAUUUGAUAUAUUUUGUUCAUGAUAACCAUGCCGGGCUCAGCGCAUUUGUUAAUGCGCCCGCCGCCGAGGAGUCGCGAAAUGCGAGGAUGAUUGCUGUUGGGGUUAUGGUGCCUUUGAGUUAUGGAAGGCUUGGGAGGGCUUGGAAACAUGCUGAGAAACUGAAGGAGCUGGCAAAUGAGCUCAUUAAAGAUACGACUAAGACAGAGGUCCUCGAGGAGUUCUGGGAGGAGCAUAAAGGCCAUGGCGAAUCCCCGAGCUUGGAGACAGAGUCACUGUCAGAAACGCCGACCAGCAUGCAAUUCAGUCCUAUAAGGACAUCUUCUGGCACUGCCAAAGGGCAUAGCAGAAAUCGAUCGGCCUCGGAUGGCACUGCCUUGAUCCCUCCUGGCCAACAUCUAUCGGCAUAUCAUCCUGCAUGGAGUUUGCCACACCUACUAGAGACAUUUGGCCCGUUGAUAUUUCCAAUCUACCGAGCAGCUCUCUUGCGGAAAAGGAUACUAAUGACAGCACAUGCGCCGGUUCAGGAGACAUGUAACUUUAUAUAUGACGUUUCCGUUCUUUCGAAUAUACCCCUCGCCGUAAGCGAUCUCCUGGCAUCUACAGCCCCUCCACAACGACUUCGGCCACUAUUUUCAAUUGGCGUCCAUGAUAUCCCAUUACUCGAAGAAGACUUGCGUGCUGCAAAAGCAGCAGCUGCUCGACCUGACACGGAAGAAUCAGAUGGCAAGGAGGAUUCAGGAUGUGGAUGGAUAGCCUGCACAACGGAUAGUAUCCUGGCGAUGAAGAGCUCCCUAUACGAUGUUCUCAUCACCAUGCCCCCUCAGCACUCCGAAAACGCUUUGGAGAAAAUAUGGCCGAAAAUCGAAUCCCCACAAGGGGUGGAAAUGAGAGCUACGCAGCGCGACUUGCGCCGUUACAAGGCUCUUCGGUGGGGUCUUUCGCGACAUGUCUCUCCACCUAGAAGUCCAGUAGCCAGACGCGGGAGCACCGAGUCGCAGGAACGGGAAGCUCGUCGAGCAAGCUCAUCUAGCAUCACAGCUCUGGUUCACGACCCUAUGCUAGACCUCCCAGACACGGAUAGUAUCGUCGAGCCUCUCUCCUGGGCGGCCCUAGCCUACUCAGGAUUCAUGUGGUGGGCUUCAGCCGGCGAGCAACGCGUCCAUUUCGAAGAAGAAUCCGAUGCAGAUGCAGCGCUAUUAUCCGGUCUUUCUAUUUCGCCAUCUACGCCACAGACACCUGUGAGACCACGCUCGCAAUCGACGGUUUCGCUGGGUGCUAGGGAGGAUACGAGUGCCCUGCAGGAGAUGGCCAUCAUUGCGUAUUUCCACCGUCUCACCACCCAGAUUCUUACUACGCUGAGUGAUAUUGUGGAUGCCACAGACUCGGACGAUGAGAGAGAUGACGAGCUCAAUCCGCUGCAGCCUGGCCCCAAUGGAUCGCAAGAGGAGGAGGAUAAUAAUGGGCCGGCUGUGUAUGUUAGUAGUGCUGAUGUGGAGAGGAUGGGUCUCGAUGUCUGGAGCGCGACGGACCACAUGUUCAUUGAAGAAGUAGCUAGAGAGUAUUUCGGGCGGAGGGCGCACAUUGAGGGACGGAAUGUGGAAUGUUGUGGGAUUAAGGUUUGUUAA